GCAAAAUCGUUAGGCUUAUGUGCGCAGUUGGCUAUACGGAGGACCAUUUUUUUGUGUUAUUAAUGUCUAACUUACGGGGUUUUGCGUUGUUUGCCGUGCCUGCUGCUGCAUUCACCAGCAUCUGAAACAGGGAGGUGUGGUCAUGGAGGCAUUGCCGGAUGGGGGGGUGCUGGAGGGAGAAUCACAAAUAAUUGGGCUAAUAGGUCAUGAUGACCUUGGGAUGGUUGAGGCAUCGAUGUUACAGAGUGACCCCAGUGUGAUGAUGGACUUCGUAGGGGAGGAUGACGAAGCAUUAUCCACGGCGUUCUCCAACACCUUCACCAACGCCUCCUCCACCACAACUCCCUCCUCGUCACGGACUCCGGUGUCUUCAGCAUCAUCCUUCUCCACGACGUCUUCCUAUUCCUCGUCGCCUUCCUUCUCCUCGUCUACCUCUUCCGCCCCCUUCAACACCCACGCCUCCAGUCAGGGGGACGGCAGAGGCGGGGGAGUGUUGGAGCUAACGGGCCACCAGAACCCACUCCCGUCGCCCUUGCUGCUUACACACCACCAGCACCCUAUUCAUCCCUCGCAGCACCUCCAUUCGCCACACCCCAUCCUGCACCACAGCCAUCACCAGCACCAACGCAGCCAACCUCCACAGUCCAGCCAGCAACAGCACGUGCCACAAAAUUACUACCACCAUGAACCAGUUCCUUUAUCCCCUGGAAGACCACAGGGUGGAGGCUAUUCCAUUGGAGGAGGCUUCACACCUUAUAUGUCUUCGUCGCAGCUUCCUCCGCCUCAUCCUACCUCUAUGCAUGAAGCUCACCACCAGUUCCUACCGUCUGUUAAAUCAGAGGCUUCUGGGGGAGAGUCCUAUAACCGUAGCCUGAAACCUGAACCUCAAGAUGACUUCCUAGAUCCAAUGGACUCGCACCUAGAGCCUUCACCCACCCCAGCGCCUUCUUCUGCCAUAUCAUAUAAUUCGCAUCCUUCCACUUCCAUUAUAGGGAGAGGGAUUGCAAUUCCUUAUUCUCACCAUGGCGCUCCUCCUACCGCUUCUCCAAGCACUAUGCCGGCUAUGGAGACCAAUGGUGCGCCCUCGCCAGCAUCUCAGUAUAUGUAUCCCUCGCACUCCAACACUCCAUACCUCCUAGAACUUGCUCCUUUACCUUCACGGCAACAGCAACAGCAGCAACAACAGCAACAACAACAACAGCAGCAACAACAGCAGCAACAACAGCAGCAGCAGCAGCAACAUCAACAGCAACACCAACCACAACAGCAACACCAACCGCAGCAGCAACAGCACCAACAGCAGCAGCAUAAUCAGCAGCAAGGCCCACCAGUGACUCACACAAAUGGUGUUGCAGGCUAUGCUGGAAGCUUGUCCGAUGGGAGAUCUUUAGGCCUUGGAUAUUAUGAACCCUCGCAAUUAACUCAGGAAGAUGUGCGGUUAGUCUCUUCACAGCCAACUCACAUGCUAUAUGUGCCAGCCAACCAGCAUAAUAUUAAAGGCAGGGGAAAGAUGAACCGGAAAAAGUCAUCUCCAUCACCAUUACUAGAUGGUGAAGACAAUUUAUUAGGGAACAAGCAGCUUGGAGAAGAAAACAAUGACUCUGAUGAAGAUAACCUUGUGAUUGAUACAAGCAGCGUCUCAGGGGAAGGGUUCGAGUGUGGAGAAUGUGGCUUGGUGUGUCGGACCAGAGGAGGACUCCGCAAGCAUCUCACAACAGAGCACCUGCCAGAUGAGCCAGAACCUGCGGAGACCAUCCCCAAGCAGUAUUCAUGCACGAUGCCCCUGUGUCACUUUAGCACCACGAAGAGGGAUGCGUAUGACCUCCAUAUAGCCAGCCAUAUUGCUGAUGGCUGGACACCAACAGGAAAGAAGAGGCACAACAAGAAUCCACUGCAGAGACACAGGUUAGCUAUAUGGGCAUUUUAGAAAAAUAUGUUCAGUUAUUAACCCAUUACCGAUGGGUGAUUUCCUGAUAU